GGGGGGGGGGAGGGGACCCAGCGCGUUUGUGUUGGAGGCAGAAGAGACCGGGUGACGACUGCUCAAGAACAAGAGACGAAGCAGCAGCAGCAAUCCACGAAGAAGCCCGCGACGAAGACGAAGCAGCCUCCUGCAGCACAGAAGCACACGGGCGCUGUCGCAGAGAAGCAUCAGCAGCAGGGCAAGCGAGCUCACGGGUUCACGCGGAUACAUCUGACUUCACCGUGAGGGCAUGACCCCGGAGGAACAGCCAGAGUCACUCCCCUAAAGGUCGACGGACGUGCGGGCGGUCAUUCUCGUGACGUUCAGGCCGCCGCCGGCAGCGGCCGGGCGACCCGCCUCGGCCCCCCUCCCCACUCCGGCUGCCCGCAGCAGCGGCCCCCUGCAUGGCGGGGGAAGGAUCGCAGGGUGGUGGUGGUGGUGGCGGCAGUGGCCUCGGUGGGGGGUGGGAGGAGGUCGGGCUGGGGGCGGCCGCUCCCCUCCGGAGGUCCCCCGUGGGCCGGUCCUCCCUACUGCGGGCGGCCACGGUCGAUGUGGCAAGCGAGGCGCGUGGGCUGCCUCUAACGCCCAACAGCAAAGAUCCGGAUGAACCAGUUCUGGAGUUCAGUCUUGCGUGCAGCGAAAUCGUGACAUCGUCGCUGGACCGGCGACCGAGCCUGUUCGUAUCCGUGAGCGUCACGACUCCGCCGCAGGCUUUCUGGACCAAGCACGCGCAGACCGAGAUCAUCGAGGGAACCAGCACUCCUAUCUUCCUGAGCAGCAUUGCGUUCCUGCCGGACUCGCAGGCCACGCAGCUCACGCGCGUGCGCCUCUCCGUCUACGAUGUCAAGGACAGGACCCAGGGAAUGAUGUACCUACUGGGAACAGCAUUGUUUACCAUCAAGGACCUUUUGAGUUCCAGAAACCACCGCCUGCAUAUUACAUUAACAUCGCCGGAGAAUGAGCGAGUAGGCAACAUCUCAGUACUCGGCUGGCAGAUGGAGAGACACGAGGAGUCUCGCUCCGCACACAGGGGCUCUCCCGACAACAGCCGGACGGUGCUGACUGUGGAUGAAAGCUUGGCAGAGUCUAUGGGUGUUCGGGCCAAAUACUCAUCCCUACGCAAAGACACGCUGCUGAAAUCUGUGAUCGAGGGCGUGAUUUACCGCACGUACCGUCUCCCCACGACGGACGGGAAUCAGCUGCGCGUGCACGAGCAGAUGGGCGAGACGUUGCUGUCGUUCCACGUACCUCGACAGCUGCUGGCGCUGUACGUGGAGGAGGACAGCGCCCGAGUCUUGGCUUUGGAGGAGCUGGGCGAGUUGUCUCCUCACUGGGAGGGCCUCCGCAGGCAGAUGGUCAUGCAGUACACGUCCGUCAUCAACACCUACCAGGAGAGCCAGCGCGAGCUCAACAGAUACAAGGGCCCGUCAUUCAAGCCGAGCCGGCUGCGCACGGAGCGAGGCCUGGAAUUCGUCCCGGUGAACCUGCACAUGCAGCGCAUGCGGGUCAUGGACGACGUGCACACAGACCACACGUAUGACAUCGUGACGGUGGGAGCGCCUGCAGCUCAUGUGCAGGGAUUCAAAACCGGGGGCCUGCGGAAGCUCGUGACCAAAUUUGAGGAGUCGAAGAAAAGCCCGGCGAUGGGCUCGCGAGCGAGCGCGUGGCGGCCGCAGGACGUGGUGAAGGCCCGCGAGCUCAACGCACAGAUCACGGCGCUGCGCACGCAGGUGGCCUACUACGCCGAGCGGCUCUCCCGCGCCGCUCGCGAGCAUUCGGCGUGCGGCCUGGAGCGCACCCUCGCCAGCCUCGCCGACAAGACCCGCCAGCUGGUGACGGUGUGCGACUGCAAGCUGCUGGGCGGUGCCGUGCACUCGCUGGCGUCGGCGCGCCCCGACUUUGUCGCCUCCGUGCCGACCCCGCCCGGCGAAGCGAGCGGUAGCAGCGGCAGCCCCAGCGGCAGCGCCGGCGGCAGCAGCUGCGGGGGCGGAGAGGAGGGCGUCGAGGACAGGGACCGCGUCGUCCUGCGCAACGAUCGCGACUCGCUGGCGGCUCGCUGGACGGGCCGGGAGAACCGCGCCUCGCUCACCUUGUCCAUCGCGUCGUCGUUCGCAUCCCUGAUGACGGCCGGGAACGCGGCCGGCACUUCGGCGGUGUGCGGCGGCGAGUGGCCCGAGGAAGAGUGGAGCAGCGUGUGGCUCAACGUGGACAAAAGCCUGGACUGCAUCAUCAAGGCGGUGGAUCGCCUCCUGCAGCGCGAGCGCCGCUGCGGCCAGGAAGGCCAGGCCAACGCCUCCGACGACGUCUUCUCCUCGGCAGAGCUGUCGGCAUCGUCCCGAGUUGGGAAUGGAGGACUGACAUUGGUGGAAUUGACACCAACUACUGGCGCGGAGUGGAGCGAGACGCUGUACCCGCUGCUCGCCACGCUCACGGACUGCGUGUGCAUGCUGAGCGAGCGCGCCCGCCAGGCUGUCACCUUCCUGCUCAUGCAGGACGGCGCCGCGUCCGUCGUGCAGGCCCUCGGCCUGCAGCACCGCCGUGACCUCGUCUUCUCGCAGGCCCUCUCAGCUCUCGUGUGUGGAUUCAUCGUGAAGCUACGCAGCUGUCUCCAUGACGACGGGUUUCUACGGCAACUGCACACCAUCGGGCUGCUGGCACAGUUCGAGGGGCUGCUAAGCACCUACGGCGAGGAGAUCGGGAUGGUGGAGGACAUGAGUGUGGGCAUCUCCGACCUUCGCAACGUGACCUUCAAGGUCGUUCCCGCGUCGACCACUGCCUCGGCCGAGGCGAUGCUGCCGAUCAUCGAUGGGAAUCGGGACGGCUUCAACGUGCGCAUCCCGUUGCCGGCGGCCAUGUUUGACGCGUUGCCGCGGGAGAUCCAGAGCGGGAUGCUGUUGCGUGUGCAGCCGGUCUUCUUCAACGUCGGCAUCAACGAGCAGCAGACGCUCGCCGACAAGUUCGGCGACACGUCGCUGCAGGAGAUCAUCAACCUGGAGAGUUGGGGUCGCCUCAACUCCUACUACGAGCAGUUCAAGGAGCUUCUCCCUGAUGACUGCCUCCCUCGCUCCCUUAGCCAGACCUGCCUCUCAGAACUGCUGCGUUUCCUCGGGCAGAACGUGCGUGCGCGCAAACCCAAGAACGUGGAUAUCCUGUGGCAGGCUGCUGAGGCCUGCCGGCGCCUCAACGGCCUGCGGCUCACGAGCUGCAAGAGCGCCAAGGACCGCACGGCCAUGUCGGUGACGCUGGAGCAGUGCCUGAUCCUGCAGCAGGAGCACGGCAUGGCGCCGCAGGUCUUCACGCAGACGCUGGACUGCAUGCGCAGCGAGGGUUGCCGCCGAGAGAACACCAUGAAGAACGUGGGCUGCCGCAAGUACGCCUUCAACUGCCUGCAGCUCGUCACCUUCCCCAGACAUUACCGCCCGCCCGAUGGCACCUUCGGCAAGGUGGACACCUGAAGCCAGUCCGGGCGGCGUGGGUGCACAAACACUGGCGUUCGCAUGCAUGCAUGCGGUGCACGGGCUGGGCAUUGGGAAAUAUUGAGCGGGUUGGAUAUCAAGGGAAGUCGAACUAUCGUAGAUCAAUAUGAAAUACAAGUCUAAAUUUUACAUUGCCACAGUUCCCCCCGCCUCUCUUUCUGUAAGGGGUCCAUCAGUGAACAUGUUAGAUGAUAUGUUUCAAUCGUAAAGUCGUGUUGAGGAUGGUAAUGUGAUUAAAGGUAUUUUAUUUAGACAGGAAAGCCUUAUUGAGUUUCAUGACUCUUAUCAGCAGGGUUCUGCCUUGACAUGUUUGUGUCCCAAUUCCAAUGUAAGGAGUGUUUUGCGUGUCGGAGGAGAUUGGAGUGGCUGCAGAAAACUCGCCAUACAAGGGCAGAAUCACACUCCAAGGUCAUCACUGACAGGUCCACAAUCUCACGUGUCGGGCUGCUAUCUCCUUGCCACCUUCAAAUUUCCAGUAAAAGUUUUGUUUUGUUUAACCAGGUUAGAACUAAAUAUAACAGAACUUCUGUCGCAUUUUCAAGAAUAACCCGGGUCACCAAAUUGACAAAGUAUAGCAAUGAAGUAAAGAAAUGGAAACAAAAAACACUAUCAUAUGAGGAAUUAAGCAUUGCACAAACCUUAAAUCAACGUUAAAUCAAAGCUAAAUAUAAAAUUGCCUGCAGUGCCAAUCAACUUGGGCAGAUUACCUCUAGAUCAUAGCGCAGUUGCCAAAACUAAGCUGCAGAAACAUUAAACAUAUAGGUUGACUAUAGUACUAAUAUUUAAACAGACAAGGUUAUAUAUCCAAAGCAGCUGCAAGUGGAGUUAUAAAGAAUCGAGAGUUUAUCAUCAAGUUGUGAUUCAGAUGGGAGAGAAAACAAGGAUAUUUGAAGCGACAUUGCCUCCUAGUGGGGCUGGGUGUUUCUCAAAUGCGCAUGAUCCAGAAACUCAUACCUGCAAAGUGCUGACAUCAUGGCCGUAUCCCACCACUCCCAUGGCAGUUGUGAAGUGUGCUUAGCAUUUCAUUCUACAGCAUUUCCAAGGCAGCCCACAGAGGUUUUAAAUGCAAUCGUUCCACUUGAGUUCUUAGGGUCUCUGGUAGGCUUGCAAAAAUUCACCACAUCCACAAUUCUAUUUUCACAAAUCAAGGUGCUCAUACUAUUCAACAAUCUAUGUUUAUUUUUCCCUUAUGAUUGGUGUAUAAUUGAUAGUGGAUGUAGGGUUUCCAUGAAUCAAUCGCAUAAAAGUGUUUUUCCAAAUCUAGGUCUGGCGACCCCUCCGCUUUGCAAUGAUAAACUAUCAGGUACGUGCAACAUGUAGAGAGGCACAAUUUGCAUAUGAAUGGAAAAGAUCAGAACUCAAACUGGAGGUCACGAGGACUGCAGUUCGAGAAACACUGGCGUCAAAAAAAUAUAUACAUGAAUUGGAAAUGAUCAAUUUUCAGACGCACAAAUUGAUGCGUGUAUUGGGAGCUCAAGAAUUGAUUGUCAUCGAUUAAUUUUACUUGGCAAGCCACGAAUAAUGCCACUACUGUGUAGGGCUUCAUGGUUGUGCGGGUAUCGCUUUGUGAUGUUUAUUUCGGGUUGAUGCCCAACGUUUCAUUCCACGUACUGGGAGCUACUGCAGGAACUGAACUAAGCCACUCACUUUCUCCCUCGACUAUAUCGAGUUUCAGGCUGGCUCAUUUCAGUGCAUGAAGCAGCUACCGUCACGUGGACCAAAACGUCACACGUCAUGCUGGAGGGAAGUUACGGUGAUUCUCAUUUUCUGUGAACACCGACCAAGUCCCAUGUAUCAGCUAUGAGCGGGAAGUACCCGGUGUUUCCCCGGGAGAAAAAGAUGUAGCGCCCUCCCGUGGCGGGGUCAUUUAUCACACCAGACGUGGUUGUUAAUACUUGUGCCGUUUGUAAUGUGGCUGUUGUGAUUUCAAAUUUGAGUUCGACUUCUCUAUCCCCCCCCCCCCCCCACAUUCCUGAAAGAACACUCACUGUGAACACAAUAAUGGUACCACUUAAUGUCACAUAGGGCGCUUGCCACGGGUAGUUCUAUUUUAAAUGGCAUUCAAUUCCUCCGUUAGCUCGACAUUAACAACACGGAUUUUAUAUAUAGUGAAAUGUCACCGAUUCGCACUUAAAUUGCGGUUAUAUUUUUUUUUAUAUCAUUACGAUAUGCAUUAUUGCAUGGUUUUCGUUACAUUAAAAUAUACAACAUUAAAACUAAUCUGAGACGUCAAUUAUGUCAGCAGAUUACAUUUUAUCUAGAUUUUAUGAGCCGCAGUAUGUUCUUACAGCACUUAAGUAGAUUAUGAUGUUAUUAUGUACAUCACGUCAGUGAUGCAUAUCCACAGUUUAGAUAAUACCACGAGACAUAUUGGUAGGCUGAAGGUGUUGGCGUUUAACAUAAACACCAAUUCUAUCCACAUGUAUGCCUACCUGCAUGCAUUAAAAUUAUUUGCACAUUGCUUAGACAAUAAAUAUUAAUCUACAGCGGUCUCCGUGAAUUUGGUGCGAAUGGAUGGGCUUUCACUAUACGGCUGCCAACAGCAACAAUCUACCAGUAUUUUUCACUGUUAGUAAAACAAAAAUGUGGAAUUAUGAUUAGUUUCGACACUGAAGUUCACGUUUGUGAGUGCUUGUAACUGCAGUAAGGGCAUAUUUAUUUCAGAGAUGGAUAAUAAAACGCACGUUCAGUGAAACUGAGCCCUGUAAUCGUUUUUCCCCCCCAUCAGCCUUAUUAACCGUGUAGCUUUUAUAAACCAUAUAUUUAAUAUGUUCAUUACAUGAAGGUUAUAAAUGAAAAGUGUACUUACUCAUUACUGUAGAGUUGUAGUCUGUGGCUGUGUUUUCAGGUCCAUGUGGUGAAAUAUUUACUUCUGAGUCGCUCAAUUGAGGCAAUGUCAAACGGGCAAUGAAUGGUUGGAUCUGAUUUGUGUGUGCACGUGUCUUAGCAUUACUUCAUAUAUCAUUGUGUAAAAUGAACGUGGUAUUUAAGUAUUUAUUAGCAAACAGGGUUCUGUAGACUGUCCAUAUUCACGUAGAAAAAGAGAAGAUAUAUAUUUUAAAACAAUGCAACAACUGUCGUGUUUUUGAAGUCAUUGCAUCGUCGCUUUCUUGUGUUUUCAUUUGCCAAGUGGACCAUCGCAAGAAGAUCAUGUGCGUUUUGACUUAAUGUCCACUGCCCUGCACUGAUAAACUGCUGUAUGCCACACUCUUGUUCGUUUCACGGUUAAUGUGUAACCAAUAGUUCAACAUAUUCGAGCUAAUGUCAGACACGUGUUUUUUUUUGUAUAUUGUAGAGUUUUAGUUCACUUUGUGUGGCCUUUAUGUACCUCCUUGACAACUCUGUAAACAAUGCAAAUAUGAUCAACAAAAAAACGAACCCUGUAAGAUAUGUAGAUUUAGCAUUUCUCUUUGAAUGCUUGAAGACCAUAUUAUGAAUCAGAACUUUACUGAACCAAGAAUGAAAGUGAUCAUUUGAAUUUAUCUGCCAAUGCUACACAGGCACACGUACCCAUGCAUGUAUGCCUAAAAUAUUUCAGGGUGCAGAUGUGAGUUGAGCACUCUGUGCACUUUACAGAAACAUCUCGCAGGUAGAGAGUUAAGUGUGCCGAUAACACUGUUGUCAGAUCUCGGAGUCUUUGGGAUAAAUCAUCCCUGACCUGAGAUCAACACCACGUGAAUCUAACACAGGGUCUGUGGGCCAGAUGAGGUAUAAUAUUACAUUUUUGAGAUUCAAAGGCUUCUUUUUGAGGGACCUCUUAACAAUGUUUAUUUUGUCAUUUAACAUCUGCCUUAAGGAUUCUAUAUUUUGUUGUUUUAAGUUAAAAUAUGUUUUUAUUUUAUUAGGUAAGGCCCACUGAGCUACAUAGUUUUUUUCAGCAGUGACCUGGCCACAAAUGAUAGCUAAAAAAAGUGGCUUUUGUGAAAAUGUAUAGCAGCCAGUCCUCUCAACUGAUGUUUCUAAAUGUGGAGGGAAAAGAACGGAGGACCUGGAGAAAAAUCCACGCAGAGACUCCAAAUAUGCAGGCGUCAGUUGUUGGGAUCGAACCUACUGCCUCCUGUAUACCAGGCGAAGUAGUUGGCAUCUCACCACCGAUGCUACAGCAUCAUUCAUUGUUGUACUGUUGAAGAUUAUUCUAUAGCCUGGCUCUGCACUCAGAUUUUGUUAAAGCUAAUAAGCUACCUUUCUGCAUUUGUGAGCACACAUUCCUUAUUGUGAGAUUUAGUACCACCAUUCCCCUCUUUACAUGACAAUUUACAGACAAAACGUGUCGAUCUGAAGGCACGUGUCUUAACACAAUGCAAUACGUUACUUCUGCUUUGCAUUUGUUUACAUAUGAUUGAUUUUAAAAAGAUGUGUUAUUGACAUAAAAAUAAUAAUGUAAUGUUUAUUUGUUUGAUUGGGUUUGUUUUAAUGUGCACCCAGCAACACGAGGAUUAAUCUUGCUUAUGAAUAUUUUUUAAUGCUCGCAGGUCACUUUCCUGCUUAGUAGAAGGCAGCUGGUGGUCACUCGGUUUAGCUUGCAUGUCUAUAAUUGCACUUGCUGAAAUGUAAUUUGUGCUUGGUGUGCAAAUGCCUCUGUAGUAUGUUACCAAACAGCCCGAAAACUUAGAUGUGAUGCCAUCGAACGUCGAUUGAAAUAAAGUUCUGCCUCUUGUGCCCUGAA